AUGGAGGCGAGGACAUUAACCCGUCCCCUGGCCGGCCUCCUCCGCCAACAGAUCACCAAAACCCUCGUCCCCAGGAGAGGCCACAAGACGACGACCCGCACAAAGAAGGCCCUCAAGAUCGCCCCUCACCCGGACUUCCUGCCCUCCGCCGCGGGCGACACCAUCCUCGUCAACCCGCCCUCGGCCGCCCCCUCGGUCCUGCACACCCCCUUCAAGUUCCUCCCCUCCACCGACCCGCGCCGCCGCGCCAACCUCUCCGCCCUCUUCAAAUCCGCCUCCGCCACCGCCUCGAAAACGACAACAGAAACGAAACUGCCCCCGGCCCUCAACGUGCCCUCCCGCGGCUCCAACCCGCGCUACCACCUCACCAAGGACGACGUCGCCGAGAUCCGCCGCCUGCGCAACGAGGACCCCGUCACCUGGAGCGUCACCGCCCUCGCGCGCAAGUUCGACUGCUCCGAGAUGUUCAUCACCAUCUGCACCCCCGCGCCCCGCGAGCACAAGGAGCGCCUGGCCAAGAAGCUCGACGCCGUCAAGGAGCGCUGGGGCGCCAUCCGCACCAAGGCCCGCGAGGACCGCGCCCGUCGUAAGGAGAUGCUUUUCCGGGGCGAGUUGUGA